AUGGAUAGCUCCAAAAAUGGUGAUGUUCGUAUUGCAGGAAAUGAUGUUACGAAAUUGUUUUCCUUAUCUACUAUAUUCAAGCCUGAUCUUAAGCAAGAUUGUAUUGGUGCAAUUGAUGGAACACACGUACGUGUUAAAGUUUCACAAAGUGAAGCACCAAAAUACCGUGGGAGGAAAGAUUAUCCAACACAGAAUGUAUUAGCUGCAUGCUCAUUCGAUUUAAAAUUCACCUAUGUGUUAGCUGGGUGGGAAGGUACAACAUCUGAUUCAAGAAUUAUGAAAGAAGCACUAAAUAGACAAGACCCAUUAAAAAUUCCAGAAGGAAAAUACUACCUUGUUGAUGCUGGACUCAUGUUAAGAAGUGGGCUUAUUACACCUUAUCGGGGGGAGCGAUAUCACUUGAAAGAGUAUUCAAGAAAUCCACCUCGAAAUGCUCGUGAAUUAUUUAAUUUGCGACACGCUUCUUUGCGUAAUGCUAUCGAACGAGCAUUUGGAGUUCUUAAAAAGAGAUUUCCUAUAAUUUCUAGUUCAACGGAAUCCUCAUAUGGUAUUGACACCCAAAAGCUUAUUAUCUUUGCAUGUUGUAUUUUGCACAACUACUUAAGAGGUGUAGAUCCAAAUGAUGAGUUACUUGCUCAAGUUGAUGUGGAGCUUAUGAAUGAUAAUGAUGUGCAUGAAGAACUUCCAAAUCAUCCUAGGGAGAGCACUGAGGAAUAUAGAAGAGGGGAAUUGAUUCGAGAUAACAUAGCAGCUGCUAUGUGGAUUAAUUACCAAGAUUAA